UGCGUCGCCACCGCACGCUUCCCCUUAGCUCUCCCUCUUUACCCUCUCCUUUUUUCCCCUCUAACUUACUAUAAAUUCCCCCAAUUGUUCCCGAUAAGCUGUCUAUAUGUACUAGGGACAUCUAGAAGUGUGUAGGACCAAAGGUAAAGCUUGCCAACAAGGAAAAACGUAGAAAACUUGCCACCCGAUUCUGAGGGUGGGAGGGCGAGCUCAUCCCGACCGUCUCUGGCACCCGCUCUCUGCCUCGGUGCCGGGGGCCUUUUCACGUGAGUUAUUCAAUCUCUCCAGCCCACUGUACUCCCGCCGUCAUGUCGCUGAUGAUUUCCAGGUCAGUGGUCUUUCUCUUGCUAUUUCUCAACACGAUUCAGGCCUCAACUAUCGGACAUGGCCCAGGUAAAGUACGCAGGACGAAGCCGCCAUGUUACAUGUUUCCCGGUGGUAGCGCUCAGCCGCGACCGCCAUUACCAUCCCUAUGGUACCCCGUCCUUAGUUUAAAUGACAAAGAAAUUGCUUCUUGGCAAAAUCUGAAUUUCAGUUCUGCUGGGAUCCUCUUGAAACAAGCUAGAUAUUUGAGAACAUCAGACAGACUCUGCCUACUCUACAUUUGUUCCGUACUGAUGGCACAGGCCGUUGACUUGGAAACCAACCCUGGUCCUCGGCCUCCAAAGUAUCCGUGCGGUUCUUGUGGAAAGGCGGUGACUUUUAAGCACAAAGCGGUUUGUUGCGACAGAUGCGAUUUCUGGUUUCACCACGAUUGUCAAGGCCUCGGUUCUUUCAUGUAUCCCUAUCUAAGCAAUUCGAAUGUGUCAUGGAUAUGUUUAAAUUGUGGACUUCCAAACUUAUCAACUACAUUCUUUUCUGACUCCCGCGACCUAUCCUCCCCUAAUCCAUUUAGCCCCCUAAGUAAUGACAGCCCAGGAAUGCCGCAAGCUGCGUCUUCCCCGAAAUCGCCUGUUCAAAACAAACACAGGUCCAAUGCUAGGCCAUUACGGCUGAUCAAUGCAAAUUUCCAAUCCCUUCGAAAUAAAAAAGUCGAACUAGAAACCUUAGUAGAUCAGACAAAACCAGACAUCUUAGUGAUUACAGAGACUUGGUUGGAUAGCUCCUGCAAUAUUUCAGAAUACUUCCCAAGCCACCUCAACAUGCAAGUGUUCUAUAGGAAUAGACCGGAGGACAGCCAUGGUGGUGUCUUGAUAGCUGUCUCCAAUGAAUUCAUAUGUACACAGGAACCUCACCUUGAGACCAACUGUGAAAUGGUUUGGGUGAAGAUUAAUCUGGUAGGAUCCAAGUGCUUGAAUAUAUGUGCUUACUAUAGACCUCAGGUAGGAGACAGCGUAAGUUUGGACUGUUUAGAAGAAUCUAUGGAAAGAAUAUGUAACAAACGUAAUAACCAUGUAUGGAUUAUCGGUGAUUUCAAUUUCCCAGGGUGGGAUUGGUCAGACCCUCAGCAGCCUGUACUUAAGCCAGACUGCCCCUACCCAGGUCUGCACCGCCGAUUCAUGGAACUGCUUAGUGAUCAAAACAUGUCACAAGUUGUGGAUAAGCCAACCAGAUGAGUGUGAAGACAAAGAAUGAUUGUGAAAAACUCCAGCACGACAUAAAUAGCAUUUGUUUAUGGGAGAAGACGUGGCUUAUGGCCUUUAAUCCAUCCAAAUGCGAAGUAAUGUCGGUCCCAGCCUCCAGAAACCCGAUAACAUUCCCCUACUCACUCCACCAACACCCCUUGACCAAGGUAAGUUCCACAAAAUAUCUUGGCCUUCAUAUGUCUUCCAACUUGACCUGGGGCAAACACGUUGAAAAAACUACAUCAAAAGCUAACAGGACAUUGGGAAUGUUACGACGCUGCCUGCGGAUAUCCAGCACUGCGGCCAAAGAGAGAGCCUACAUGGCUCUGGUUCGACCAUGUCUCGAGUACGGCUGUAGUGUUUGGGACCCUCACACCAAGGCCCAGGUGAGUAGCCUAGAGAUGGUUCAACGAAGAGCUGCCCGAUAUGUAUUUAACGAUUACAGACGCACAAGCUCAGUUACCUCCAUGCUUCACAAUCUUGGCUGGCAGUCCCUCGAACUUAGAAGGAAGAUUGCCCGCCAGGUCACCUUGUACAAAAUCAUCAACAACAUCAUGUACGUACCUCACACGACCAUGCUUGUCCCGGUGGCUCGAUGCUCCCGCCGCACCAAUCACUCACAAACAUUGCAGGCCAUCGCGUGCAGGAACAACUACUACAGGCUCUCGUUCUUCCCUCGUACCAUCAGAGAGUGGAAUGAACUUGAGCCUGGUGUGGCGGAGGCGGGGUCUCUCUCCCAGUUCAAAACUGAGCUGGGGAGGACCCUGCUGCAUUGAGCCACCCCCCACACGUCUUGUAUAUAUGUAAAUACGUGUCCUAUUAACCCACUUAAUUCACCUGUCCUGUCUUUUUGCACACAGAAAAUCAGUUUGUUUUUAUUUCCCUCAGCAUUUUCCUUCAUUUUUCCCAUGUCUAUUUGUUCUGGUCACUUGUAUUGUAAUUAAACCAUGCGUUGUCUGCCAAUAAUCUCAAAAAAUUGAGGCUAGGCAGUAGGAAAGAAGAAGAAG